AUGUCUGCUACGAUGGAUGCCGCGCGCCGCUUCUUCCUGUCGCCGCAGUUUGCCGUGGCGGGGGCCAGCAACGAUCGCAGCAAGUUUGGCUACAAGAUCUUUGCCUGGUAUCAUCAACACUCUCUGCCCGUUACUCCCCUCAACCCUCGCGCCCCGGAGAUCGAGCUGCCGUCGCAGACCUACAAGACGGUCCCAUCACCCCGCGACUUGCCCAACCCCGACCAGACUUCCCUGUCUAUUGUGACCCCUCCCCCAGUGACUCUUGCCCUCCUCAAGGAGGCUCACAGUGUGGGGAUCCCUGCUGUCUGGCUACAGCCAGGCACGUAUGAUAAGAGUGUGUUGGACUUUCUCGAUGGUCAUUUCGCAGCAGCGGUGGUGGGAGAUGGUGGUGUGGGCGGCGAGGGUUGGUGUGUGCUGGUGGAUGGUGAGGAUGCAUUGCGAGAGGCCCAUCGCGAGUGGAAAGCUCAGCUGUAG